GAUUGGAUUCGGUUAUUCUGACUACACUAAUAAACAAGGUCUAGGAGGUGCAGAAAUGGCAGUUAUCUUCAAGAAACUGAUGAACAGAUUGGGACACGAGAAGUUCUUCGUGCAAGGAGGAGACUGGGGAGCUCAUAUUGCCGAUAUUAUGGUUGUCUUCUUCCAAGAGGAAAUCAUUGGUAUGCACACCAACCUUGGUAUGGCAUUGACAGACAAAGCCUUUAGCAUGAUCAGCAUGGGCUCCCUCUACCCUGAAGCUCUGAUGCCCAACGACCUGAUCGGACGUCUUUACCCUCUGAAGGACACACUACAAUGGCUCAUGAGGGAGUUCGGUUACUUCCACUUCCAGGCCACGAAGCCUGAUACUAUUGGUAUCUGCGUGACAGACACCCCGUCAGGCAUGUUCGCGUGGUUCGCUCAGCUAAUCUCCAUGGCCAGCCGCCGCGCCAACUACGACGAUCCUCGCGGAGGUCUCGAUCUCUACACCCCCGAGCAGCUAAUAGACAACGCCAUGAUCUAUUGGGCUCCUAACAAGGCCUCUUCUGCCAUGAGAAUCUACGCGGAAACCGUCAAUUGGAGGAAUUACGACAUGGGAUUUAUCAAUGAACCAAGCUCGGUGCCAAUAGUGGUAGUCCAAGCCCCUGAUGAAAUCUACUACAUGCCACCAGCAGCAUUGAAUACCAAGUACACGAACCUCGUCGCAGUCGACGUGCUGUCUGAGGGAGGACACUUCCUGGCGUACGAGAUGCCCGAACAGUUCGCCAAGCUAGUCAUCAGCGCUGUUGAGAGGAUCUUAAACCACAAACAAUGCGAUAAAAGCGAACUUUGAGUUUGAUUGCCUCGAUCGUUUGGUAGAUGUGAAACAUUGUUUAUAAGUUCUUGUAACUAUCAAAUAAAUAACCUGACUAAAUUUAAAUGUCCAAAAACUAAACACUUUUAUAUUUUGCUUCGUGAUUUUCAAUUUGUUUUGUAUUUUCUAAAUAAAGAGAUAAUUAUUUUUAA